CAAGACGCGGGCAUGAAAUUGCUUUAGUCGCAAGUUCGGAAAGUGUUGAAAAUAAUCAGUAGGCUAUUUAAAACUAUUUAUUUUCGUGAUUUAAAUUGUAAAAUAUUUUUUAAAGAAGUAUGACUUCAUUUAAUUUGAAAAUAUUCUUGUCACAGUUGUUUAUUUGACGCUCGUCCUUUCAUUUUCUAGUCUAAUUUGUUAUUAAACUUUGACUUUAAACUUUUAAGCUUUAGUUUUAUUCAAAAACGACUACCGUUAACUAAAAACUAAAACUUAACCAGCAGUAGCAGACUCAAGAGUGACAGUGACAGUAACUUCAGUAACAGUAACAGUAGUAACACUUACUCCCUCAAGACUAAUGUGGCAAAUUAAAUAAAUAUAAAGGCAAAACUCUUCAGAGUUAGUAGACAGUAUAGUAAUAAGUAUAAGAUAAGAUAAGGCACAACUUCACAGCACAAGUCAAUAAUAGUCACUAAUAAGUAAUACUAUCAGUAAUCUAACAUUCAUAAGAAAAGAAAGAAUAGAGGUCUGGAAUAUCUCUUUUUCACUUUACUUAUAAUUUAAAAUACUCCACCAUUGGUCCAGUACAAUUUCAAAAAUAAUUUACUACUAGUACUAGUAGUAGUAGUAGUAGGGCUUUACUAGGCCAGGCCUUAUCUUUUGUCUAUACUAUAGUCAUAGUCUAUAACUAUAAUAGACUAUAAUAUGAGGUCUGAGUCUGUAGUCUAGUGUAGUAUAAUGUUAACUAUAUAUUAAAUGAGUUCAUAUAUGUGGAUGCGAACAGGCAGGGCUAGUCUUGAAAGUAAAAUUACUACAGCUAGUGCUCGACUUAUACCACAGCCAUAGUCAGUUCUGACGACUAGCCGUAACACGAUUUGGUCAUAAGUUGAGUACGCUAUGUGUACAGUAAUGUGAAGUGAUGUUAUAAAAAUAUUCUAAAUUUAAGUUAAAUUAGGCCCUAUCAUUUCUUUAAUUAUUGUUAUAAAUCAUAAUUUUAGAUGUUCAUUUUAUGCCAUUUGUAUCAUCUCUACACCAUUUUGUUUCUUUUUUAUAAAAUAAAUCUGAAAUCUAAUAAUAAUAAUCUGGCUAGUGAUUGUGGUUGUAAAGUGGAAUGGUCAUCCAUAAAUUGCGUCGGUCGUAAGUCGUAAGUCGAGAGCACUAGCUGUAUAAUGAAAGCUUCUUCUACUAUUACUAGUAUAAGUAGUGCUAUUAAUGGACUACUCUACUAACUGUUUAGUUACUAACUAAGACUAAGAAGAAUCUAGGAUACUUCACAUAUAAAAUACAUUUCAUUUAUCUUAGCGGCUCAUUAUAAUUAAUAAUAAUAAAUUAAUAUUAACAGAUCAAGAAGCCUACAUAAAAUGAUCUUCUUAAAAAUAGGCAAAGCUCAGCAGUAAGCGUCACUUGUGGGGUGCAGUCUGCACAGGGCGACACUCACAUUGGAAGGUGGGGGGAAGGAGGAGAGUGUACACACACUCAACAAAAGGUUGAUACCAAAAGGGAAAAAUAUACUGACCUUGUUAUUUCAAAUUGUCAUAGACGUUGUUACAUACAGUAAAACAAUUGGGUGCAAUUUAAGCAAGUUGCAACCAGAGCAGUUGGUCACCAGAAAUGGGUGCGAUCAAAGCAAUCGCUUCCAGAGCAGGGUGUGACUCUAUCUGGGAGCAAUCCUAACAAUAGCAAGAGGUCCCAAAAGGAGUCCAUGCUAGAAAUCUUAAAGAGAGUGGGAUGACACAGUGAGUUUACCGUAGCGGGUGACACCUACCUUAGCAACGCCACUGCUGCACAGUGGUCUGGUAUGGUAGCAAAGUUUGCAAAUGCAAGUUCACACAAAGUAUGAUAAGAAGAGCACAAUGUUAAAAACUGCUUUUUCUUUCUAAUUUUAAAAGACAAACUUAAUCUUAUCUCAUUUGAUUUAUCCACAAUUGAAAUAUUUAAAAUUGGUGUUUUUAGACAUUUCACUUGAAUACAAUUUCAAUAAGGUCUACAUGAUGUGAAGUCUAAAUCUAAAGAAUACAGUUAGGCCUAACCUAAUCAAAUGUAUUAUUAUUAUCUCACUUGUGUUAGCUAACUUAAAACUAUGCCCUUGGCUUGUGUCAAUAGGUCUAAUUUAUUCAAAUUUAGUGGAAUUCUGCCUGUACUGGCUAUUUGAAUUUCGAUAUUGUUUUAAAAGCUUAAAGCAUAAGUCCUAAUUGAAUUGAUUAGCCUAUUUAACUUAUUUUUUCAAAUAUUGGUAGUCUCAUGAGACUAUUUAUAUUUAGUACUUAGGCCUUAUUAACUUUUAUGAUAAAUGAAUGCAACAUAAAAAAAAACCCACAAAAACUUGCUCAUUAGGUUAUUACUUGAUAAGCCUGUAAUUUAUAAUUUUAUUUGUAAAACAUCAUUGUCAUCAUUUGAAAUAAUUAUACUAAAUUAUUAGUUAUCUUUAACUUUCUUUCUAAUUGAUUUUUAAAAAUUCUAUUUCAGAAAUGCCAAACUUUGGAAAAUUAGCCAGAAUCAGCCUUGCGCUUGCUAUGCCAACAAGUAUAUUGUUGAUUUAUUGGUUGUAUAGACAUUGGUCACAAGGUUAGUAAGACAGGUUUUUGAUAUAAUAACUUUGCUCUUGUUUAAAAAUAUUUGCUAUCUUGGUUGGUAAUUUUUAAAAUGGACUUGAAAGAAAAAAAAGUCACUCAAUAAUCUAUUUAAUCCUCAGAUGUGCUGCAAAAUUUCAUGAUACUCUCAUUUUCAUUUGAUGGCUUAUUAAUUAAAAAAAAAAAAUGAUUGUUUAGUAUUAAUAAAAAUGUUACAAUAAGACGAUUAUCAUUAACUUAUUAAAUUAUUAACUUUUCACUACAUCAAAAUCUUUUUUUGGAUAACUUAUGCAUUGAUUUUUAUGUAUGUAUUGCAUAUAGAUGAUGAAGUAUUUGGCCCAAACAGAGUGAUCACCACACGCAAUACUAAUAUUGAAAUACUAGUACCACAGAGAGCAGUUGGUGCCAUCAUUGGACGUCAAGGGUCAAACAUCAAACUGGUGUGUCUUUAUUUAGGUUUUAAACUAUCACUCGAGUCUAUUCACAAUACAAAAUUCAUUUUAAAAAUCAUCAUCACUGAUUGAAUGUCUGACAAGAUCAGCUAAGUCUGCUUACCAAAAUUUUUAAUACUGCAACAGAGUAAACACAAGCAAUUAGGUUUUUUAAAAAAAGUCAUGUCAUUGCAGAGCAAUAGGCUUUCAAUGGUGUGUAAAAAAAAAAUUGAAAAUCUGGAAAGAAACAAUGUAAUUUAAAUUGCAAUACCAGCGUGGAAUGUAGGAUCCAAGUGUAUUGGUCUUCAGGCUUUUCAAUUUAAUCUUGUUCCGCAACUAAAAGUAAUGAAUGUAAUUACUUAACCAAAAAUUAUUAUUUUCUGUGACACGCAGUUUUCAAGCAAAUUUCUAUUUUAUUAAAAGAUCUUCACAAGUAACAACUUAUCUUAAAUGACCAUUUACUUUGUCUGUCAACAGCCCCAAAAAAUGUGUAAAUUUACUGUAUCUUUCUUGUUACACCUGAUGUGCGACACACCAAUAUUUCAUGGGACAUGACACGCUGGUUGAAAACACCACUUUAGAAUAUAUAUUAUUAUUGAUAUAAGUCAUUGUUAUUAAUAUGUCCUAAUGCUAACAAAUACAAUGAUUUUUCUAAAAUGAUUGAUAACAUUUAAUUUAAAAAAAACUAUAUUUCAUGUAUUAAAGUUUUCAAACAAUUUUUUCUUGUUUGCUUGAAUUAAUUUUCCUCUAAUUUCCCUAUCAGAUUCAAAAGAAGACUGGUGCACGGUUGCAUUUUAAAGACAGGAAAGCCUCUGAGGAUAAUGAUAAAAGUUUUAAGCAGACCCACCGUACAAUAGUUAUACUGGGAAGUCCAGAAUCUGCACAGCUAGCUGAGCUUAUGGUCCAUCAGGUAGGUCCAACCACUGAAACACAUGUUCCCAUGCAUGAAACAUUUUCCAAUUUUAUUAACUGAGAACAUAUUUUAACUUAAGACUAAAAGGGAUGCCAAUGUUUAUAUGUCACCACUAGGUCAUAGCUGACAUCCCUGAAACUACAACAGAAGAAAUUGAAGUCCCCUCCUAUUUUCUUGGGGGAUUAAUUGGUGAGUCUCAAUUUCAAAACAAAAAAAAUUUAGCUAAGUAAUUUUUUUUAUUUUUAUAGAAUACAAAUUUUAUUCUUGAGAUUCCUGAUGACCUUUGUGCAGUUCCCGUAGUUGCUUCGUGAUUGUGAAUGGUUGCUGCAAACAUUCUUCUUCUAAUAUCAUAUGACCACAAUAUUUGAAUAAUAUCAUACGUUUUUAAUUAAUUUUUUUAACUUGUGGAAUACUUUUUUCUAUAAUGCGCAAGAAGAUUGCAAAUGGGCAAGAAGAUUGCAAACAAGUUUCACCUUUUCAUAGGUCUAUAAUUAAUUGAAUAUACAUUUUAAUUUAUACAAAGAGGGGGUGCAAGAAUUAAAAACUAUAAGCUUGAAUAUACAGCUUGGUAAAGUUUGGAAGCAACUAUUCUGAUUUUUCAAACCAUGAAAAAGGCCAGAAUAAAAAAAUGUAAGUUUCAUGACAUCCUAUAAUUUAAAAUUAUUUAAAGUGAAAAAUUGUAGGGCAUAUUCUAAUUUGACAGGCAAAGGCGGGGUGACAAUACGAGAAUUGACCAAGGCAAGUGGUGCAAGAAUACACAUUGGACCUUCCCAGGAUUACAAAAGUUCUGAAAAGCCAAGGGUGAUCGCACUGACUGGUUCUAGGGAGCAGAUUGAUUCUGCUCUGGUAAAUCUAUUUGUUCAUAAGGGCUUGUAUCUAAAUUUUAAAGACAGAAGGUUGAAACAAAAUAGAGGCAGAAUAAUAUCAGGAAUUAUUAUUAUUAUUUUUUUUAAAUUGGAAGUCAAAAAAGAAAAGCAAUUAAAAUUGGGUUGAAUACAAUUAAAUGGAAAUAAGCAGAAGUUGGAUAAAAAGAUUGUGCUCUUUGACAGAAGAUGCAGAGUUCAAUUUUGGUUAAUAAUCAUAUUUCAGAUUCUCUCAUUAACUAAGCUUGGUAGGAAAUGAGGUCUCCUCGGGUAAAAUCUAUUUAUAGGUCAAAAGGGAAGGGGGAUGCAGGGCUGACAUAAGAUGGGGGGGGGGGCAAAAAAGUUGUGAAACACUUGUCUAAACUGAUUCGUUCAUGGUUAACCCGCCUUUUCUACACUGAACAGGAAUUAAUCGAGCAAAAACUGGAGGCUCUUGAAGACUCUCGAGUCAAUUCCAAAAGGAUAGGUAUGACGCCCAGCAACAAGAAAAGAGAGAAAAUUAAACUCACACCAGGUAAUGCAUAACUUUUCUCUGUGGAUUUUAUAAAUUUUUCUUUUAUAUUUUAACCAAAAGGAAAAUAUUGCCAACAUUAAAGGAAUACAGAUUUAAUGCAUACAUCUGCUUGUAAAGAAUAUCAAGAAAUGCUUCUUGCUUAAAGACAAACCUCUUUUUAACUUAGAGCACUGAACAAAGACUCAUCAUCAUCAAUGGCACUACAGCCCAUGUAGGACCCUGGCCUGCUCCACCACAUCCUUCCAUUCGGAGCGAUCCAUGGCUUUCCGUCUCCAUGCUCGAACCCCCAACUGGUGUAAAUCUGUCUCCACAUCAUCAAUCCACCUCAUCCUUGGGCGACCGAUGAGUCGUCUGCCCCUAGGCUUCUGCCUGUAUAUAAUUUUGGCUGCUCUGCAUUCCGGCAUCCUUUCAACAUGACCUGCCCAGCGUAUUCUGCCUUUUUUUAUCAUUGUGACUAUGGGUGGUUCUUUGUACAAAUAGUAAAGUUCUUGGUUUGAACAAAAACUACCAUAGAUAAUUCAUUCAUGACCCAUUUGUUCAUAAGCCAAAACCCCCUCCCCAGUUGUGAACAGGAAAUGUCUGUGUGUAAUCCACUCAUAUGCUGAAAUAAUAUGCCAGUGUAAGCAAUACAGUACCAAAAAAUAUCAUGGAAGGGAUUAUGCUUGUGCUUUAAAAUGACUCGUCAAUGGCUCCAUCUCCUUUUGGUACCUUUUUUAUAUGUCAUGCCAUAAACAAUGGCCUAAGCCAUAAGCUCAUGAAUUAAUGUAUGUUGUUGAAAUAAGAAAUUGUAAAACACAACAUUAAAAAUCAAAGCUUCAGGUAAUGUAUUCUAAUCUUGUAGAACGCAUGGUAGAUGCACGGCCUUUGUUAUAAUUUUAUCUUUCAAUGUACAGGAGAAAAGUCUUAAAAUAUCUAUCUCAAGACAAACCCCCCCCCCCCCAAUUACCUAGAAAUAUUUCUAAAACGGUGGCUUUAGAAUGAAAUUAAUGUAAUUUGUUGAAAUAAGAAAUUGUAAAACACAACAUUAAAAAUCUAAGCUUCAGGUAAUUUAUUUUAAUCUUGUAGAACGCAUGGUAGAUGCACGGCCUUUGUUAUAAUUUUAUCUUUCAAUGUACAGGAGAAAAGUCUUAAAAUAUCUAUCUCAUGACAAACCCCCCCCCCCCCAAUUACCUAGAAAUAUUUCUAAAACGGUGGCUUUAGAAUGAGUAAAUCCUCUUUUAGCCCUUUUUUAGUUAAUAAACUGUUAUUAAUUAAGAUUAAAUUGAAAAAAACCUUGCUUAGCAAGCAAGUCAUUGGCAUUGAAGUUUGUCAUUAAAUGGGGAGUAACUCUUAAAGAUACUUACUUGUAGUUCUAAAUAAUGUUUCGAAAAGCUGUUCUAGUCUACCAAUGUUUCCUGGACACCAUUCUAGUCUUCACCUAGUAUUACAUAACAACUAUCAAGACACAAACACCCAUACAUGACCUUUAUGUUGCUUAUUUUUGCUCACCAGUGACUCGUGAUGACACCCCGUGGGACUUACCAAAAGAAUCUCUUGUGCCAGAUAAACUUGCUGAUAAUGUGAGCGACAUUGUUUUUUCAAAAUAAUUUUUUAAACUUAUUUUAAUGAACUUGACUUACAUUCAGGCUCUUGCAGCUUUCUCCAAAUUAGUUUCGGCAAGAAACGUGUUGUCGGUUUUAAGAUAUUGUACUGUUAAAGUAGCAAACACCUGAGAAAAAUUGAUACCAUCUGUGUCUUAUAUCCCCCUAGGCCCUGAAGCUCUAAUCAAUUAUAGCAACUUUUGGCCACCAUCUUGGUCAGCAUCCAUGUCCAUCAAUUGAUGAUUCAUUAAUAAAUGAGAUGCAUAAAAAUAUGCUUUCGGGAGAUUGUGAAAAUAAUAAGUUCCACAAAAUUCACCAUUUUUCUUCAUAGUUAUAAGUUUUAGAAAACAGGUGAGGUUGGGUAGAGAACACUUGCCUUGACAAUAGCAAACCCUCAUUCUUAAUAAAAAAACAAAAUUUAAUUUCUUAAUUAAAAAAACAAACUUUUCAGAGAUAUUUAUUUCCAGAAAAAAGCCUGGCUUCAACAUGAGUUAUUCACUGUUUUCUUUCAACCCAUUUGUAUAUGUGCACAAAAAUAUUAAAGUCUGGCAUGGUUUUGAGGUAAUUUGUUUUGCAAUCAUAAUCAGUUAGUGAUGUUUUUUCAAUCUCUAUCUUUUUUUGUUUGUUUGUGCCAUAUUUUCAGGAGAGUCUUUUGGAUGUCUAUGUGUCAGCUGUAGAGCACCCCGGCCAUUUCUGGGUGCAAGUUGUUGGGAAGAAAGCCUUGCAGCUUGAGCAGAUUCAAAAAGAUAUUACGGCAUUCGUCUCCACAACAGAUGCCAAACAGGUGAUUUGUUAUCAUUGCUUGCUUUGUUGUCUUUUAUCCAUUCAGUCCACAUUUUUUGCGGCCAAGGAAUGGCUGUUUUAAUGUUUGUCGCUUAUAUAUAUUAAGAAAGUGUGAUAAAGCACCAAAAUUAAUUACUAUCUUCACAGUCUAUUUUGUAUUUAAAAUCCCUUUACCUCAAUGAUUAUUAUUUUUGUAAGACUUUUAAAAAAAAAGGUAUUUUGUAUUUUAAAAUUAAAGAUGCUUGUUAGAGACAAAGGUAUGUGAGAAUUGAAAUGGCAAUGUUGGGACACUGUUGCAACUCUGGUUCAAAAGCUAACAGCAAAGAAUCCCCUAAAUUAUGAUUUAGUCAGAUAGAUUAGUUGCCCUGGCCCAGAAGAGAUGCACAAUAUAGAACAUGAAUGUAACCUGAAUGGUUUCAGACAUGUUCUCAACAUUUUUAGUCAAUCAUAAAAGUUCACAGGUAAAUGAUUGUGGUAAAAUCCUUCCACAUGUUACAAAGUUCCUUGAAUGUUAUAGGCAAUCAAUACAAAUUAAAAAUUUACUAAAGGUGAAGGUAGACUUGACUGCCUGAAUCAUCAACCUCUUUAAUGGAAAUGAAAACUUUUCCAAACUUUGAACCAUCAUAAAUGCUUUGUUGCUUUUGUCUCAUAAACAAGCAACUGUUGGGCAUGGAUUUUCUGUCAACUGGGAUUCCAUAAGGUUUUUGUGGCUAGGAUGAUGAUAAAAGACCCUACCGAACACAUGGAAGGCAUUUUCCAUAUAGUGGUGACAAAGAGCUUCAGGGCAAUGGGGAAGACAACUAUGCAAUGCAAAUUUGAAGUACUUUGUGCUCAAAGCACUAAAGUCUAAAAAUACCUUUUUGUCCAUAAAAUUUGAUCAUUCUUAUUUGCAAUGGGUACAUUUUAAUGUGUUCAAAUUAAUGCUGUACACUUGACUAAACCAUAUCAGAAGAAGACUCAUUUUAUACUGAUUUUUGAUGAAACUAUGACUUGAGUACUUUUAGUGCUAGAGCCUUCAAUUGGAAAACAAGGAGGAGAAGAGGCAAAAGUCUUCUCAGAUAUUGAGAUAUUGAAAAGAUAUUUUCAGAAGAUGAUAUAGAUGGCUUGAAAUUGUACAUGGCUGAAACUGGAGAAAGAGAUUGUGUUCUUGACCAAAGAUGCAUACAAAACUGCAGAGAAAGCUCAGACUUUGCAAAGCUUUCCUCAUCUACCCAAAGCCAAUGCAAUGAGUGUCAGGGCAAAUAAAAGUCACAGCAACUGUCAAAACGUAUCUUACCCCACAGAAGCCAGGUUGCUUAAUCAGAUCCAAAUGCUCAAUAAACACUGACUUCACCUCUGACAACUCCAUGAGCAGUAACACCCCGAACAAUAGUAAAUGCUUCACUGUGCCUCGGUGUAACACAGUGCAGUAUAAACAAUCGUUCUUCCCACGAACAAUAAUUGCUUGGAACCAACUGGACAAUGCCGUUGUGGACUCGACAUCAAUCAAGAGUUUCAAGGCUGCCCUGACACCCCCUAGGAGCCGUUAGGAUAGCCUCAUCGUUUCCCAAACCGUUGCACAUAUGCCAGUACAUGGAUGCAGCAAUGUACCCUAUCAGAAUCAGAAACUGAAUGUUGAAAUAAAUUAACAGUUGAAAUUAUUAGGAAACCUUUAACCUGUAAAAUAACUUCCCUUUAUCACAAUCAUCAAGAAUUAAUCCUCCAAACACAAAACAUUGAUUUUGUACAUACUUUUUCCAUCCUUGUAUAAUGCAUCAUUUUAAGGCACCCUUACUUUAUUUGAUAUCAUCUCAUGGGUAUUUCAUUUUCUGCCAUUGUUUUUUCUUCCCCCACAUAAAAAUAGCCAUUAAUUGCUGUUCAAAUGAGAUGUAUUUAAUUUUUUUAAAAGGACAUAAUUCAGUAAUUUAGAUUUAAAUUUGAUAUGAUAACUUGGAUAUAUUAGAGGCACUAGAAAGUUAAUCAAGGAAAGUUAAAGAUAGUGGUUAAUUAAUAAGGAAACUUAAUGCUAAUGGUUGAUAAGAAAAUUUAAUGAUAAUGGUUAAUAAGGAAAGUUAAUGAUGAUGUUUAAUAAACACAUUAUUAUUACUGUAUGGUAAACUGUAUAUACUCUGAUUAUUUAAUAUUUUUUUUUACCUGCCAUGUCAAUGUAGUGUUUUAUUAUUUAAGCACAUUUUUUAAAGAAAAAACUUGAUAACAUCUGUCACAGCAAAACUUUGCAAAAGUCAUACAUUUUAUUAUUUUCAGUUGAGAAAAGUUGGCAAAAAGUAGGGAAUUUUAAAAUAAUAAAAAAAAAUGAGAACCAUAUUUAGUGCCUACUAAGGGAAAACUAAAAAAAGUUUUUUUUUUUUUAACUUGAUUUGUUUUAACCAUUUUAGAUCUAGUUUUUAUCUUAAAAGUUCAAGUUUUACCAAAAAAAUACUAAUUCACUUUAUAACAACAGAACUACACAGUGACUGACAUUAUCCCAGGGGAAUUAGUUGCUGCUCCUUUUGAUGAGGGAACAGACACAACAUAUUACAGAGCAAAGAUUCUCUGUGAAACAGCAGAUGGAAAAGUAGACCUGUACUUCAUUGAUUUUGGAGACAACACCUUUGCUGAAAAGGAAGACAUUUUCAAACUCAGGUAUUUUUUUUAGCUUAAUUUGGAUAAAUGAAGAAUAGAUCAUGGGUUGAAAUCAUGCGUUAUCUUUUGAUUAGGAUGUGAAAUUACUUUUUUUCAAAGGCAUUUUAACUAUUCUUUUGAAUUGAAAUUAAACUUAAGAUUAAAAAAAAGUACUUAUCAUACUUAUGCUUAGUAAAUUAAAUUCGACCAUGCUUAAAAUUUUUAUUUUAAAUGUUUUUUUAUUUCAAAAUGUACAAUUUUUUCAGUGAAAUAUUUAAAUUGUUGUAUUCAUAUAGAAAAAAAAUAGUCUGAAUUUAGUUUAAUUUUUCACCACAAACAUAUGUUUUGAGUAAAUAACAGAUUUCUAAAAAGUCAUAUACUCUUUUUUAACCCUUCAGACCAGAUUUCAAAAGCUUUCCACCUCAAGCAGUAGAGUGCCAGUUGGCAAAUGUAGAACCUAUUGGUAAAUUUAAUUAUAACUUAUAUGCAUUUUUUAAAACACUUUGAAAACUACUAUUAGGCUUUACUCAAUCUUUAUUAUUUCCUUACAAUUAAAUUUAAAUCAUUUCUUAAAUAUCAGUCUCAUUUGCUUAACUGAUUAGCUACCAGAUUGAAAAACCGGCUGUGGCUGAAUUAAAUCUAGGUAACGUUGACUACGAUACAAACAUUGGCGCUACCUGCGGAUCGUGGCCAUAACAAAAGUAACGCCCCGUUGCUCCCAGGGGCUUAUGGUAGUUAACCAGUUAAUGAAGUCAUCUUCCUCAUAAGUAAACAAUGAUUGUCAACACAGCUAUUUAUCUUUCAAAUUUUUUGUUUAGUGUUAAUGUAAAAUGAAGCUUCCUACAAAAUAGUGGCAUUGGAGAAGUAGUUUCAUGACUUAUAAAAUUCAUUGAUGAUUUUAAAAAUGUUAAGUCUAAUUUUGUAUUACUCGUCAGAUGUGUGUGAAAUUUCCCACCUCACAAUCUUAUGUCACAGAGCAGCAUUUGCUUUAUCUUAACAGCAACCUAAAAUUAUAUCCCAUCAGGUGACAGUUGGACAGAAGAAGCCAUUACCUGUUUUGAAAACCUGUCUUACUGUGCACAGUGGAAAGUUGUGUCAGCUAGAGUCGUGUCAUACAAGUUGGACGACAGAGGAUUGCAAAUCCCCCUCAUACAGCUGACAAGUACCAGUGAAGGCCAGGUAAUUUAA